AGUAAAUAGUGGUGAUGUCAUGCAAGCAAGAUGGCGGAAGGGGAGGACGUGGGAUGGUGGCGGAGCUGGCUGCAGCAGAGCUACCAGGCAGUCAAAGACAAGUCCUCUGAAGCCUUGGAGUUCAUGAAGCGGGACCUAACAGAGUUUACCCAGGUUGUGCAGCAUGACACAGCCUGUACCAUCGCAGCCACGGCCAGCGUGGUCAAGGAGAAACUGGCUAUUGCAACCUGUUCUCAGGGCACUUGCCUCCUCUUCCCGUUCUCUCUGCAGACUGAAGGCUCCUCGGGUGCAACAGAGAAAAUGAAGAAGGGGUUGUCUGACUUCCUAGGGGUGAUCUCAGAUACCUUCGCCCCCUCACCAGACAAAACCAUUGACUGCGAUGUUAUCACCCUGAUGGGCACGCCCUCUGGCACAGCUGAGCCCUACGAUGGCACCAAGGCUCGCCUUUAUAGCCUGCAGUCAGACCCAGCAACCUACUGCAAUGAACCAGAUGGGCCCCCGGAAUUGUUUGAUGCCUGGCUUUCCCAGUUCUGCUUGGAGGAGAAGAAGGGGGAGAUCUCAGAGCUCCUUGUAGGCAGCCCCUCCAUCCGGGCCCUCUACACCAAGAUGGUUCCAGCAGCUGUUUCCCAUUCAGAAUUCUGGCAUCGGUAUUUUUAUAAAGUCCAUCAGCUAGAGCAGGAGCAGGCCCGGAGGGAUGCCCUGAAGCAGCGGGCAGAACAGAGCAUCUCUGAAGAGCCUGGCUGGGAGGAGGAAGAAGAAGAGCUUGUGGGCAUUUCACCCACAUCCCCAAAAGAGGCAAAGGUUCCUAUGGCUGAAAUUUCAACAUUCCCUGAAGGAGGACCUGACCUCCAGAACCCCUGUGAAGAGAAUCUGGUGACCCCAGUUGAGCCCCCAACAGAGGUGACUCCGUCAGAGAGCAGUGAGAGCAUCUCCCUUGUAACACAGAUUGCUAACCCUGCCACUGCACCCGAGGCACCAGUGCUGCCCAAGGACCUGUCCCAAAAGCUGCUAGAGGCAUCUCUGGAGGAACAGGGCCAGGCUGUGGAUGUGGGUGAGACUGGACCCCCACCUCUAGUUCACUCCAAGCCCCUACCCCCUCCUGCCCAUCCCAGCGGCCCAGAGCCCAGGCCUCCAGCCAGAGUAGAGACUCUAAGGGAAGAAGUACCCACAGACUUGCGAGUGUUUGAGCUGAACUCUGACAGCGGGAAGUCUACACCCUCCAACAAUGGAAAGAAAGGCUCAAGCACAGACAUCAGUGAGGACUGGGAGAAAGACUUUGACUUGGACAUGACCGAAGAAGAAGUGCAGAUGGCACUUUCCAAAGUGGACGCCUCUGGGGAGCUGGAAGAUGCAGAGUGGGAGGACUGGGAGUGAGGGAUGCCAGAGCAAGCAGCUCCCCACCCAUGGCACCUCCCACUUCCCUCGCUUUCUCAGCCCAGCCCCAGAAGACAUUGACUGACAAUGUCCCCCAAAUCUCCUCUGCCAACCAGAGCUCUGGGCACAAAUUCAGGUGGCUCCCUACUGUUCCUUCGGGCCUCUGUUCACACCUGGGAAGGGGCUUUCUAAAUCCAAGCCAGGAGCUCUGACUUGUGCCAACCAUAGAGUGACCUAAGCAGGAGGAAACCUACCCCCCUCACCAAAAGAGCCUACAUUUCUCUGCUGAACGUCCACUGUUCCUGGUGACUCCUGCUGGAACGUCCCAAGGGAUAGCUCCAGCCCUUCUGCCUGUACAGACAGAAGCUAAACCACCAGUCUCUUGGAGAAUUCUGUCCAACCAUAAGCAGGCAAGGAAGGCCAUGCCACCUCCUCUUGGCUAAACAGGGACAGUGAAUACAUUUUGCUUCCCAUCCCAGUGGGUAAGAGGCACUCAUCUAUGAGAAAUUCGCUUCUCGGGACUCUCCCUUUCCCAUUCCUGGAAAGGUUCUUUGGGGUUCAGAAUCUAGAGACCGAACCCUGACCCACCUCCUUCCUUUCCUCCAGCCCAUGGUGGUCUGUCCCCACACCUUUCCCAGGGUUUGUUCACAUCAGAUGCACCCAAGUCCUUAGCCCAGCUGUGCCACCUGCAGGAGUCCACUCUUGCAUUUCUUCCCCUCCCCAAGCAGGGAGGGGGCCACUGCAGGCCCUUUUGGGCAUUGCCUGGCGGGAUACCUUGUCCAAUCAGCUACCCACCUCGACUCCCCUGUAGCUUAGGACACAAGCCAGCUACCAGCGGUACAGAGCAGUGAUCAGAGUCGAGUGCUUACAACUCUGGUAAGCCCAGCUUCUCCGCCUCAACCCUUCUGCUUUUCGAAGGGAGGUGCUGGGGUGAACUUGAAACUCUCAUCAGGCUUCUGCAAAAACCCUUCUUCCUGAAGACAGACCCAACCUUUGUGGCUCUCACCCUCCACUCUGGUAAAGCUGCACCUCAGAGGAUUGAGGAGUUACAGAAAUCCCGGGAGACCCUGGUGCUUCACGAUACUGCUCUGGUGAUUUUUGUACAUAAUCUGGUGUGUCCACCAGUGAUUUAAAGGGAUUAUAGUCAGGGAUGCCGAGAGAGUGGUGAUCACUUUUACUUCAAACCUUCAGUGAGGGGGUGGGUUGGAGAGAAUGCUGGAUCUUUUUCAAUGAUGAGAUGGGUUUUUUUUCUCUUUGUAAUUAUUUCUUUAGUUUAAUUAACCUUUUGGUUGUUUGUGCAAUAUUAUAUAUUUUAAAUUAUAAUGCAUCUCCCCAGAGUAUUUUGUAGCCAGGAAAAGAAAAAAGAAAAAAAAAAAGAAAAAAGAUUCUAACAGCUGUUAGUUUUAUAAUUAAAAAAGAAAGAAAAAAGAACUUUGUCCUGAACCUUUUACAGACUUGCCGUUAACAGCAUUAAAGUGAUUCAGCAGAAGCUGGAA